UUGUUUUUCUUCGAUUAUUUUCAGUGCAACUACAUUGGAUUGGUGAAAUGCUUCAUCAAUAUAUUGGAUGAAUGGGCAUGGACGUUAUACGAGCUAAAAGACAAUGUUGUCACGAUCACCACUGAUCAGUGCGCUCAUCUUAAAGAGCUUGACAAAUGCAUUAAGGAUGAUCUUGAAGAGCAGCAUCAAUGUUCACAUCGUGAAGUGAUCGAGGUGUCGAAUACAGUAUCUGAUCUUCUCACCCAUAGAAAAGAUUCCGGAUCAUUUCUUAAGAGCUACUAUUUACUCACCUAUGCGUGCUCUGCCGAAGGACAAGAAAUUCUCACAAAACAUAGAGAUUGCUUGAAAUCCGAGAAAAUUGGCGAAAUGACAUUAUCAGCGGGAACAUAUUUAAGCGAGAAGUUUCUUGAUCAUGAUGAUGAUGAAGAAUUGAAUCUGAAGCUACAAGAGUACAUCAGAGCGAUGAGCAACUUAUGCAGUAAGCACGAAGCUGCACAGCUUAUGUGUAAAUCCCUAACGAACAUGUUCAAGGGUUUGCAUGUUGAUAAACUUGACAAAUGCGUUUUGGACUGCAAGAUACCCGAAGAGGAAACGGAGGAGGAAAACAAGGCAUGUUCAUCAGAUGUUCAACCAGUACAAAGUGAGCCGGAUGCGUUAGGCCCUGUUGACGGAGCGGCAGUUCUUAGCGUUUUUGCCUCAUUGCUGGCUAUUCUUAUACGAUAA